UAAACGAUCAGUUCGAACUUUAAGCGCUUAGGAGAAUCGUUAAGCUUGACUUGCGACCUAAGCGGAAUAUAAAUAUUAUUUUUAAUAAAAUAUAUAUUCAAGUGAAUAAAGAGAAAAAACUAAGGAAUAAAUAAUUUAUGGUACAAAAAGUGCAUUAAUUAAACAUUCAUUUAAAGACUAAUUAUAAAACAAUAAAACUAUUUCUUUAAAAAGUGUUUUUUACUAGUGUUACGUUGACGUACAAAUUUUAAAAAAUUAAGUUUUAAAUAGAAACGAAGAAGUGAAAUAAGAAAUUAAACACUGUUAAACAAUUAUUUUACAUUAAAAUAUCUGCAGAGAGUGAAACAAAAGAAGUCAUAAAAUUAUUAGUUACAAAUAAUUUUAGUGAUUAUUUUGAGCUUAUUUGAAAUAAUAUAAAAAAAUAAUUGAACAAGAUCACCAAAAUGAUACCAAUUUUAUCGAAACUAAGUGGCUAUUAUAGUUCCUAUGUACUGGCCAUAUUGACGAUUGGUUACAUAUUGGGAGAAUUGGGCCAUUAUCUAAUUGGUGUUACCUCCAAGCAAACGGCCAUUGAUUUGGAAUAUGGUGACAUAUCCUGCCAACAGAAUAAUACAAUGUUCACUAGGGCCGAAGUGACACAACAAUGUUCAGCAGUUCAAAACGAAACAAGCUGUUAUGCUCUGGAGCACAAUGGCACAACCUAUUGUGAGUGGAAUCGUAAUGGUUUGGGUAUUGAAUAUCAGAUAUUGGCCGGGCCAACAUUCAUUUUGAUUUUUACCAUUGCUGGUGUUUUUAUGGGCGUGGCUGCUGAUCGUUAUAAUCGUGUCAAAAUGUUGACCGUCUGUACCUUUAUCUUUGCGGUGGCUAUCAUUUUGCAGGGUACCGUCAAGGAAUACUGGCAAUUGGUGUUGUUGAGAAUGAUCAUGGCUGCGGGUGAAUCGGGCUGCAAUCCCUUGGCAACCGGUAUUAUGUCCGAUAUAUUCCCCGAGGAUAAAAGAGCCUUGGUUAUGGCCAUUUUCAACUGGGGUAUUUAUGGUGGUUAUGGCAUUGCCUUCCCCGUUGGUCGCUAUAUAACCCAGGCAAAUUUCUUUGACAUGGGCUGGCGUGUGUGUUAUUUGGGCGCCGGCAUCUUAGCUGUCAUUAUUGCCAUUUUGACUGGCACCACACUCAAAGAACCCGAACGCAAAUCAAUCUCGGACGAUUCGGUGACAGUUAAGGAUGGCAAAAAGGCCAAUCUAUGGUCAGUGUUGAAAAAUCCCGCCAUGAUUAUGUUAAUGAUUGCUGCCUCGAUCAGACAUUGCGGUGGCAUGACAUUUGCCUACAAUGCCGAUUUGUAUUACAAUCAAUAUUUCCCUGACACCGAUUUGGGCUGGUGGCUCUUUGCUGUGACAAUCGGCAUUGGCAGUGUUGGUGUGGUGGUCGGAGGUGUUGUCUCCGAUAAGAUUGUUGCCAAAAUGGGUAUACGUUCGAGGGCAUUUGUCUUGGCCAUAAGUCAAUUGAUUGCCACCCUGCCGGCCUUUGGUUCGGUGUUCUUUGAACCAUUGUGGGCCAUGAUUACAUUGGGCGGCUCGUACUUCUUUGCCGAAAUGUGGUUUGGUAUUGUUUUUGCCAUUGUUGUAGAAAUUGUACCGUUGCACGUUCGCUCCUCCACCAUUGGCGUUUUCUUGUUUGUCAUGAACAACAUUGGUGGUAACCUGCCAAUUUUGGUUGAUCCCGUUGCAAAGGCCAUUGGCUAUAGAGGUUCAAUUAUGAUAUUCUAUGCUGGCAUGUAUGGCAUAAGUUCCAUUCUCUUCCUCAUCACCUGUUUCCUGUUGGAGGGCAAACCAAAGACUUCAGACACUGAAAAAGGUGAAAAUCCCGGCAUGGAAGUCCACACCCGUAACAUCCAGGGUCAUGAUAACUCAGUUUUCUCUGCCGAUGAGCCACCAGCAUACAAUGGCAUUGCCAAAAAACCCUCAGCCUUGACGAAUAAUUUGCAAAACGUUCCCUCAUACAAAGCUCAGAUCCAUGAGAAUGUAGCCAGGCCAGCUGAAAUAUUACGUCAAUAUGGCGUGGAUGUGGUGACGACGGGCAAGUUCUGUCUAUGUACAUUGGUGUGCGUGUGUUUGUCAUGUUUAGCUGGUCGUGCAAAACUUGAGUUCAUGGGUUUUGUUGCUGAAACGGAGACGGGUAGUUCAUACAUAACAAUACCGAAAAGAGAACGUUUGUUGGGUUCUUUAAGUGCCCCUUCGAUUAACAUUAAAGAGGAAAAUUUAGAUGAAAUUACAGACAUUCAAAAUGUAGGGGAUGAAGUUUAA